AUGGAGGUCAGAUACCAGCCGAAGUGCAUAGUCGACCGAGUGGGUCGGGAUACACCCUCUUACCCCUCGCGUUGGUUGGCGCGUGGGGGACACUUAUCAACCGCGAACAAUAGCAACGAAACGAACAGCACCCAACAUUUGGAGAGAGCACAGGCAACGGACUUCAGCCUCGGAUCAGCCCGAGGUGCCGCAUGCUCUCCUGCUGGCUGCGGCACCGUGGACGGCGGAGACGAGAACGGUGGCAGGCCGGACGGACGGGAGGACGUUACAGUCAACCCGCGCCGAAUGGAUUCCUUUGUCUCGACUGCGGAACAGGGGGCGGAGAACGAACAGCGAAGGACGAAUAAGAAGAAACCUAAGUCAAAAGCGAGGAUCACUGUCGCAUCCCUCAAUAUGAAGGGGUAUGGGACUGAAGAUCGUACGAACGGCUCCAGCAAAUGGCUGCUCAUAAAUCAGCUAAUGCGUGACCGGAAACUGGCAGUGCUAGCAGUGCAGGAGGCGCACCUCGACAGUGAAAGGCUUGAAACACUCCGUCGAAUUUUUGGCAGGCACUUAAGUAUCUACAUGUCUGCGGACAGCGAGAACAGCACGGGUGCACGGGGUGUUGCCAUUGUCAUCAAUAAGCGUAUCCUGAAAUGCGAGGAACCCAAGCUACGCGAUGUCGUGCCUGGAAGAGCAUUACUGAUUAGAAUUCCGUGGGCUGAGGAUCGCACUCUGACGCUUCUAAACGUGUACGCACCGAAUGAUAGAACGGAGAACGGCGCGUUCUGGGAUCGACUAAGCGCGGCACGCCUAGGACGCAUUGACGUACUCCUGGGGGACUUUAAUGUUGUUGAGGAAGGAAUUGACCGCAUACCUGUGCAUACUGAUCCUGAACGAGCCACUGAACCCCUGAGGAAGCUGCGAGACGACCUGCACCUCCUUGAUGGGUGGAGAGAUGCUUACAAGCAAACUAAGGCCUUCACCUUCCUGCAAGAGAGCACGGGCAGUCAGUCGAGAAUCGACCGUGCCUACGUGAGGCGCGCAAUGCUGAAAGACUGCGAUGAGUGGCAAAUCACGGAAUCGGGAGUACCCACAGACCACUGCCUGGUGUCGUUCGCUGUAGCAAACCACAAAGCUCCCUUCGUCGGCAAAGGGCGUUGGGCCAUGCCGGCACACCUGCUUGAAGACAAUGAAAUGAAGAAAGAGAUGAAGAGCUUGGGAGCUGCGCUCGUUGCCGACCUAGAACGUCUGCGGGUACGCACGGAUGCCGCAAACCCGCAAACGGUGUACGAGAAGUUCAAAACCGACUUGAUCCUGGCAGUAAGAGCGCGCGCAAAGGCGAAAGUUCCCAAGAUCCAGCGCCAGAUUGAUCGAUUGAGACUCGACCUAAACAAGACCUUGAACGACACGAACUUGGGGGAGGGACACGCGAGUCAGAGUGAGGCGAACCGUACGAGGAACGCGGCGAUGCUGCAAGCACGGCUCGCGAAGCUGGAGUCGAAGCGUUUCGGAUGGACGAGACGGGAUGUCGCGGCGCGUCACUGGGCGCAAAGCGAGACAAUUUCCCGAUAUUGGACGAGAGCGAAU